UCUGUUUUUUUCCCGAUAAUAGGUCAUGGCAUAUACACCAGCCCCAAAAUGGCGAUGCUUUGUUGAUGGUCUGAAUAUGUGAAUACUAGUGUAAUUCAAGAAUUGAAGUGGCUAAAAUUUCAUUAAUGUGUAACGUUUGUGUGUUAAAUAAUAUUGGUAUGGAUCAGUGGACUUGAGGCAAGAAUGGAAGUUAUUGAAUGUACAAAUAAUUUUGGCAAAUGUUGAAAACGUUCCAUUAAUACGCAUUGUCGUUGCUAAAUCGAUCGUGUCAAGUUUAAACUGUUCAAGACAAAAACAUGCUAGACUAUUCUUAAACUGUUUAAUACAAUUCAACCUUAAACAAUUAAUGUAAACCAGUCUUGAAAAGAGUAUGCUAUCGUUUUACCUUUUGAUUUAAAUUACGCGUCAGUUAACAUUUAAUGGUUGGUCUCGAGUGCCGGGUUCUGAUCAAUACAGCUUUCAACAUGAACAUGGGUUGUAUACAAAAUCAUUCAACAUACAUCAUUUGUGCUACUUUUUGACCGGAUAUUGACCUGAUAUUGGUAGCUCUAAUACGCUUAAGCUUUAAGUAGGUACAAUACUCCUUUUACUGCUCUGCAUGUACAUAAGUGAAUGUGUUUCAAAAUGCUUCAUGCCGAUAAGAACCCACCCUUGAUAUAGCGCUGAAUUAAUUCAUAACCAUUUAUACUUCUCACUAUCAUGGGAUUUAUCAAGGUGAGCGUAUGUGUGUUAGUUUUAGCGCUGGUUUAUGACAGUAACAUGGGAUUUAUUAAAGUAAGCGUAUGUGUGUUAGUGUCAGCGCUAGUUUGUGGAUGCCUGCAACGAUUAUUUACGAAGCCACUUCCCGUUGUGGUUGAUGGAUACGUACACCCGGCUUUCCAGCCGGUGCUCGAGAAGUUCAGGGAAAAUGUAGCAAGCGGAAAAGAGCCCGGCGCUGCCUUUGCUGUUUACCGGAAUGGCCAGCCGCUGGUAGACGUGUGGGGUGGCAUCGCGGAUGUGAAGGCGGCACGGCCAUGGCGGCGAGACACGAUGGCACAAGGCUGGUCAACAACCAAGGGGAUCGCCACUAUUGUGGUUGCUGUCAUGGUGGACAGGGGAUGGUUGGACUACAAGCGACCCGUGCAUGAGUACUGGCCCGAGUUCAAACAGAACGGGAAAAAGAAUGUAACAGUGGAAAUGCUUCUUUCACAUCAGGCGGGGCUGCCUGUCCUAGACACGCCCAUUUCUGUGCUUGAAAUUCGAGAGGCCCGCGACAGGGUUGAGAAUAUUCUCGCCUCACAAACCCCUGUUUGGCCUCCAGGAACGCAGUUUGGAUAUCACGGUAUCACCUUUGGUCCUUAUGUAGAUACAUUGGUCAGAAAAGCUGAUCCGAAGGGUAGAAGAAUGGAACAGAUUUUUAGGGAAGAAAUUGGAGACCCAUUAGAUAUAGACGUUUAUAUGAACCUACCGCGUAAUGAGUAUCACCGUGCGGCCCGCCUGUAUACGGACCCCAUCUGGAUGAUAAUACUAAAAACCCUCUUGGCGCCCCGCUACUUCCGGGUGUUUGCUGGCCUCGUGACGAAUCCUGGCUCAUUGUUUGCCAGGUCUUUGAAAGUCGUGAAGGAGAUGAAAAACAUUGGUAACUUGGGAGUUUUUAAUGACCCGGACCUUCGAGAAAUAACAAUGUCAUCUAUAUCUGGCACAAUGACUGCACGUGGUGUUGCUAAGCUCUACAGCAUCAUGGCUGAAGGAAUCAAAGGACGCAGUAUUGAUUUGUUGUCAUCUGAUGUGACGUCACUGUUCACGUCACCGCUCGUGCAAGGAAAAGAAUCGGUUGUAGGAUCUGAUAACUGGGCUAUGAAUAGAGGAUUCUUGUAUCACAAUAAUUCUGAAGGAAAUCUCGUCUUUGGACAUCCGGGUCAUGGUGGCCAAAUGGGCAGAGGUGAUCCGAAAGCGAGUCUUGGAUUUGGAUACGUAACCAAUCAUCUAUCGAUAUACGGUAGAGGGGAUGACCCGAGAUACGUAGGCCUCGAAGAAAUAGUUUAUGAGUGCCUGAAGGACUAUGACAAAUCCGAAAAAUGAUCAAACUCUUAAUCAAAUAAAAUUAUUACAAAGAAAGGCCAUGAACACCAUGAAAAGACAAUUAAUCAAGAUAAAGAUGUUAUCUAUUUUACUAACAAUGCCUCAAUGGGCUGCAGUUACCGUGACUCUUUGCUUAUAGCAUGAAGUACAGAUAGAAGGUGCAUGCCCGGACAUCGUGUACCUUCCACCGCCUUUCGUCGCCAGCAAAGUUCUGUUUUAAGACAUUCGAUAUAAUUUACAUGUAACUGAAUUUAUUAUGCCUGUUGACCCGAUACAUUGUUUUAUGUGUAAAAGAAGAUCAUUUAAAAUCCUUUCAUACAUCAAUCUUGCAAAGAAUUUUUCUGGCAUUGAAAUAUUGAAAAAUAAAUAUUAAAAAAACAAACAUUCGAAAUAAAAUGAAAACUGCAAAAUA